GUAGUGAAGAUGUCUGGCAGUGACACCGAGUGCCCCCAGUUCCUCUUCGUGAAGGUGCUGGCGAGCCGAGGGCGGCUGGAGGCGGUGACCCAGCAGAUGGGCUACCACCCACAGUACCUCGACAGCUUCCUCAAAACACAGCACUACCUGAUGCACAUGGAUGGCCCACUGCCCUUUGACUGCCGGCACUACAUCGCUAUCAUGGCAGCUGCCCGGCACCAGUGCCGGUACCUGGUGAACCUGCACGUGCUGCAGUUUCUGCGGGCUGGGGGUGACCCCCAAUGGCUGCGUGGCCUUGAAUUCAUCCCUCCCAAACUCCGCAACCUCAACGAGAUCAACAAGAUCCUGGCACACCGGCCAUGGCUCAUCACCAAGGAGCACAUUGAGAAGCUGCUGAAGAUCAGUGAGUGGAGCUGGUCGCUGGCAGAGCUGGUGCACGCCGUGGUCCUCCUGGCACACUGCCAUGCACUCGCCAGCUUUGUGUUCGGCUGUGGCUGCGAGCAGGACGAGGGGCUGGGGGGCCGAGGCUCGCUGAAGCCCUUGUCACUCGGAAGCCCGUGCUUCUGCGAAGCCACCCCCAGCAACAGCUGCAGCCAGGAGCUGCUGCGCAUCAACCGCAAGCGGUCCCUCGACUCUUGUAUGGAGCUGGAUUCCCUCCGGGAACGCAUGCAACGGAUCCAUGUGGAGACGGAGGGCAGGGAGGACAUGAGGCUGCUGCAGCAGGACCGAGAGGAAGAUACUGACGGGGAGGUCACUGGUGCCACCAACCUUGCAUGCUACAUGCAAGACCCUGACUUUGGAUACCAGGACUUUGCCCGGCGUGACGAGGAUCAGACACAGGUAUUCAGAGUCCAGGAUUACUCCUGGGAAGACCAUGGCUUCUCGCUGGUCAACCGGCUCUACUCUGAUAUUGGACAUCUUCUGGAUGAGAAGUUUCGGAUGGUGGAUGGUCUGCAAAGCAGUGCCAUGGCCAAGCGUCAGGGCUGUGAGCCCUCUGUUUUCAAGCGGGGCAUCUGGAACUACAUCCACUGCAUGUUUGGCAUUAGGUACGAUGAUUAUGACUAUGCAGAAGUGAAUCAGCUCCUGGAGCGAAUGCUCAAAGUUUACAUUAAAACUGUAACCUGCUACCCAGAGAAGACAAACUCAGAAAUGUUUGACAGGUUCUGGAAGCAAUUCAAGCACAGUGAAAAGGUCCAUGUGAACCUGCUCAUCCUGGAAGCUCGGAUGCAGGCAGAGCUGCUGUAUGCGUUGCAGGCCAUCACCCAGUACAUGAUCUCCUAGAUGUGGGGAGCUGCGCUGCGGCAGGGCCGGGCAGCAUCCUCUUUCCUGAACUCGUGCGUGACCUGUCCUGCUGGGACCGACGGCGAGGGAUUUCUCAAUUUAGUUUACUUGACUGUCUUGUUCCUUUUUGUUGGUUCCUCCCCCCGCCUUGUGGGGCUCACUGAGUGGCCCUGUUACGUGCAAUUACCAAACUGUGAGGCAA